AUGAAUGCAUUUGAUAAGUUUUCAUAUGGUCAACAAUUAUUAAAAUUGCAAUCAAAAAAGAAAAAGAUUAAACAAUGGCAACCAAAAUUAACAUCAGAAGAGAAAAUUCUCUUUAAUGAAGAAAAACUUUUAUCUACAUAUCAACAUAUCAUUGCUAAUACAUAUGGACAACAUCGUCGUCGACAACAAGUAUAUAAAAUUAAAAUUUAA